AUGGAUGAGGAUCAAGGGCCACGGUCCAUUGCCCCCGAGCAUGCGCCGCCGAAAACAAUUGCUCAGCGCUGCAAUGGCCUCAGAAAGGCAUUCACUACCAGGCAUGGCCUGAUUGGCGAUUACGACUAUGCCUUUCUCUUUCGCCCAAACCUGCCCUUCAUGAAGAAGAGCGUCAACCCAAGUCCCUUCUUUGGUCUUAAUGACAAGAUGCCAGUUCUCUUGGGCUUGCUGCUCGGCUUUCAACACGCACUGGCCAUGUUAGCAGGUGUGAUUACACCACCGAUAAUUAUCAGCGGUAGCGCCAAUUUGCUACCUGAGCAACAACAAUACCUCGUCUCAACCGCUCUCAUCGUUUCUGGCAUCUUCUCUGCAGUCCAAAUCACUCGAUUCAGGCUUUUUGGUACACAAUAUUACCUCGGUACUGGAGUUCUGUCCGUAGUUGGAGUUUCAUUCAGCGUUAUUCCUGUCGCUCAAGGAAGUCUCACCCAGAUGUACGCCAAUGGCUUCUGUCCUUCGGAUUCUGAUGGAAACCCCUUGCCUUGCCCUCAGGGUUAUGGAGCCAUUCUUGGAACCUCCGCUGUGUGUGCUUUGAUCAACAUCCUCGUCUCUUUCAUCCCCGCAAAGUACUUGUUGAAGGUCCUGCCACCGAUUGUCACUGGCCCUACCGUUAUGCUCAUCGGUAUCAAGCUCAUCAAGUCGGGUUUCUCCAACUGGAUGGGUGGCAGUGGAGGAUGCAUGACUGCCACUGAUGGCUUGUUUGCUCUUUGCCCCAACAUCAACGCACCACAUCCUCUUCCCUGGGGAUCUGCAGAAUUCCUAGGCUUGGGUUUCUCUGUUUUCGUUGCUAUUAUCCUGUGUGAGCGUUUCGGCUCUCCCAUCAUGAAAUCCACCUCGGUCGUGGUUGGACUACUAGUCGGCUGCAUUAUUGCUGCUGCUUGUGGUUAUUUCGAUCGAUCCGGGAUCGACUCUGCCCCCGUUGCUUCCUUCGCCUGGGUACACACGUUCCCUCUAUCAGUUUAUGGGCCACUCGUGCUCCCCCUGAUUGCUGUUUACCUUGUCUGCGCUACUGAGGCUAUCGGCGAUGUCACAGCCACAUGCGACGUUUCUAAACUUGAGGUGACUGGAAAGACCUAUGAAUCUCGUAUUCAAGGUGGCAUCCUGUCUGACGGUAUUGCGGGCUGUAUUGGUGCUCUCAUGACGAUGACUCCCAUGUCUGUUUUCGCUCAGAACAACGGUGUCAUUGUCCUCACCAGGUGCGCCAACCGCAAAGCUGGUCUUGCCUGCGCCAUGUUCCUGGUCAUCAUGGGUAUCUUUGCCAAGUUUGCUGCUGCUCUCAUUGCCAUUCCAUCAGCUGUUCUUGGUGGCAUGACAACCUUCCUCUUCAGUGCUGUGGCUGUAUCGGGCAUGUCCAUCAUUGUCCGUGGCGUUCCUUUCACUCGACGCAACCGCUUCAUUCUCACUGCUGGUCUGGCUCUGGGAUAUGGCGCAACGCUUCUACCCAACUACUUUGAUAAGGUCUUCACAUACGAGGGGGACAACCGCUCUCUUCAGGGUUUCCUCGAUGCUAUUGUUCUUGUCAUGGAGACCGGUUUUGCGGUUGCUGCCAUCAUCUGUGUGAUCCUCAACCUUACACUUCCCGAGGAGCUGGAAGAUGAUAUUGAUACAGCUCGUUCAGCGACCAAUGUCGUGAUCCAUGAGGAUACAGAGCAACAGAGCAAGGCCAUAGCAGGCUCAAGCCGGGAGCAUAGCAUCGAUCCGCAGAAGCAGGUUUGA